UUUAUUUAUUUAAAUGUAUUUUGUGUGUUUCCGUGCUCUUAAGGCUUCCUGCUCCCGCAGCCCGUGUUCAGUGCUGGAGCGCUAGUAGCUGCUUUAUCCGCCGAGCCUCAGCGCAGCAGAACUCCUGCCAGAGUUCCAGUUUGCUUCUACCUGCCUGUGGCCGCUUUGGACUCGCCUGGGUGCUUGGUUGCUUCCUCAGCCUGCAACAAUGCCAGCCGCACUUGCAGAUACUAGUCAAAUUAUCUGCGAGGUCUGGGCCAGCAACGUGGAAGAGGAGAUGAGGAAGAUACGACAGAUCAUUCAAAAUUACAACUACAUCGCUAUGGACACAGAGUUUCCCGGAGUGGUGGUCCGACCCAUCGGAGAAUUCCGCAGCACAGUGGACUACCAGUAUCAGCUCCUGCGGUGUAAUGUGGAUCUGCUGAAAAUCAUUCAGCUUGGUCUAACUUUCAUGAAUGAAGAUGGCGACUAUCCACCCGGAACAACAACUUGGCAGUUCAACUUUAAAUUCAAUUUAACAGAAGACAUGUACUCUCAGGACUCAAUAGAUCUUCUGCAGAACUCUGGUCUUCAGUUUAAGAAGCAUGAGGAAGAGGGAAUCGACACGCUGUACUUUGCAGAGCUCCUGAUGACUUCAGGCUUAGUUCUGUGUGAAAAUGUCAAGUGGCUCUCCUUUCAUAGUGGGUAUGAUUUCGGCUAUCUGGUGAAGCUCUUAACAGAUGCCCGCCUACCAGAAGAGGAGCAUGAGUUCUUCCAAAUUCUGAACCUCUUCUUUCCUGCAAUCUACGAUGUUAAGUAUCUUAUGAAGAGCUGCAAAAACUUAAAGGGAGGACUUCAGGAGGUUGCAGACCAGCUGGAGUUGAAGAGGAUUGGGAGGCAGCAUCAGGCUGGAUCUGAUUCACUGCUGACUGGAAUGGCCUUCUUCAGGAUGAAAGAGCUCUUCUUUGAAGACAACAUUGAUGAUGCUAAGUACUGUGGGCGGCUCUACGGCCUGGGGUCCGGUUCCACCCAGAGUCAGAACGGCAUCUCCAGCUCCUCACAAGAAGAAACCAACAACAAGCACUGACCACCGAACUGGCGGCCAAGUGGACGACGCACUUGUUUUUAUCCCAUCCAGCAGACGUCAUUCUUUGUUCCUUAAAAAUUACACAAAAACUCAUUCCAGCGGCCCUGUUUUAAAGGGACGCUGGAGGAAACUACCAGUUCUUUCAGAUCCAGUUUUGCUGUUGCAAUCCAAUCCUAUUACAAACAUCCCAAUAUUCCAAAACAAAAACUCUGUAGUGGUGAUUUUCCAAGCAGCCAUUGCUCCAGGACAUUUUAGCUUUUGUUUUACAGCAUUAAAACAACAGAAAAUAUUUUUUAAGCACGGGACCAGCACUUGUAUCUCACUGCUAACAAGAUUCAAGGCAUUUUAAUAUGCUCACCAGCAGUUUGGCAGAAUCCUGUUCAGGAAUUUUUUCCCCUUGUUUUCUUAAAAAAAGAGUAAAGAAAAAAGCUUGAAGAUAUUCAGUGGCAUAAAGGUAAGGGAAGAAUUGUUUAAUGUUGGAAACAUGCUUGUAGGGAUUGUAAUAUUUUAAAUUAUGCUGGAAAGUGUGUGUAUUAAAAUGUAAACUUUCAAAGAAGCCAAUAUCUUUCAGCAUUUUUCCUAUGACGUUUUAGACCUGGUUUUGCAACACCUUUUAAGACUGAACACGUUGCAGGGAUACACUGGUUCUGUGUAACCGUUCUUUUAAUUUGUCCACCAUGAAAAGCGGAUGUUUGUGGUACAUAUUUGUUUUUAUUCCAUUCGUUGUUCGAAAUCAUUGUAUAUUAAAAUGUUUUGUAUCAACUGA